GCAGCUUUGCUCGCUUUAUCCCCCGCCACCUAAUUCCAACAAAUUUCGAUCUCCAUCGAUCGAUCGAUCCCUCCCGAACCCGACCCGACCCCCAUGGCCCCCGACGCCGCCGCCGCCGGCGAGCCCUCCUCCGGCGACACCCCGCGCUACGCCAUCGGGUACGCGCUCGCGCCGAAGAAGCAGCAGAGCUUCAUCCAGCCGUCGCUGGUGGCCCGCGCGGCGGCGCGGGGCAUGGACCUCGUCCCCGUGGAUGCGGCGCGGCCCCUGGCGGAGCAGGGCCCCUUCCACCUCCUCAUCCACAAGCUCUGCGGCGGCGACUGGCGCGCCCAGCUCGAGGCCUUCGCCGCGCGCCACCCGGCCGUGCCCGUCGUCGACCCGCCCCACGCCAUCGACCGCCUCCACAACCGCAUCUCCAUGCUCCAGGUCGUCUCCGAGCUCGACCACGCCGCCGACAAGGACGGCACCUUCGGCAUCCCCAGCCAGGUCGUCGUCUACGACGCCGCCGCGCUCGCCGACUCCGGCCUCCUCGCCGGGCUCCGCUUCCCGCUCAUCGCCAAGCCCCUCGUCGCCGACGGCACCGCCAAGUCCCACAAAAUGUCCCUCGUCUACCACCGCGAGGGGCUCGCCAAGCUCCGCCCGCCGCUCGUGCUCCAGGAGUUCGUCAACCACGGCGGCGUCAUCUUCAAGGUCUACGUCGUCGGCGGCCACGUCACCUGCGUCAAGCGCCGCAGCCUGCCAGACGUGUCCCCCGGGGAUGACGCGUCCGCCCAGGGAUCCGUCUCCUUCUCUCAGGUCUCCAACCUCCCCAACGAGCGCACCGCCGAGGAGUACUACGGCGAAAAGAGCCUCGAGGACGCCGUCAUGCCGCCUGCCGCAUUCGUCAACCAGAUCGCGGGAGGUCUCCGCCGCGCGCUUGGCCUGCAGCUCUUCAACUUCGACAUGAUCCGGGACGUCCGCGCCGGUGACCGCUAUCUCGUCAUUGACAUCAACUACUUCCCGGGCUACGCCAAGAUGCCGGGGUAUGAGACUGUCCUUACCGAUUUCUUCUGGGAGAUGGUCAGUAAGGAGGAUGGUGUGGUCCAGGAGGAGAAGGGGAGCAACCAUUUCUCGGUGAAAUAAGACGAUGGUUUGAUUGCAAACCUGCAAGUGUCCUGGAAAUGCUGCUGGUUCUGGAUGCAGAAUUUGAUGAGGGGAUUUAGUUGGGUUUCAACUGGCAGCACGUGGAGGACCUGCGCUGUGCUGUGUAAAUCCUUUCUCCUAACUCUUUCCAUACCAGUUGUUUAGGUAUCUUGCUGUUUUUCUUGGGAAGUCGAUCGGUUCAUCUAGUUUAGUCUGUCAGAACAAAAGAGGGGCAUAACUCAAUCUGGAAUUCUAAUGAGAAUGUGCUCUCCAUUUGCAAGCCUUCUGUUCUUGAGCAAUGGAUGAAUGGCAAUCCAAUGUCAUAUCUUUUCCUGCAGCUCAAAGAAUGCAGGUAGCUUCUUUUAUCGAACCCAAUUGUCUUGUGCUUUCUGUGCCUAAAUGGAAAUUUGAAACUACUUUUGUUA